CGCGCCGCCACCGCCGGCGGGUGUUCGGCAACCGCGCUCUCUUACCAUCCACUGUGUCCAUCCCUCUCCUGCAUACCGAUACCACCGUUUGUGCGAAAGAAAGGCACGAAAAAAUCGCGUUAAAAUAGCACUGGAACCCCAGCAGGUGCCGACAACCAGGCCUAACAGACAAUGUAACCGGAGCCGGCAGUGACGUCACCAUGUGCUCCUGGGUCGUGUCAGCUCUCAUCAUCCUGUUUGCCAUGGGUGGUGAAGGUCAGGAGCACGGGCCCGUGUUCCUGAUGGAGCCGCCGCCCCGGCUGGUGUUCUCCAACACGACAGGAGCGCGCGCCUCCUGCGCCGCCCACGGGUUCCCCUCGCCACAGAUCGCCUGGCAGCAACCUGAUGGACAACAACUUGAUGAUGUACCCGGACUCAGACAAGUGCUGGACAACGGCACGCUGGUGUUCCUGCCGUUCAGCGCCGUGCAGUACCGGCAGGACGUGCACGCCACCGUGUACCGCUGCCGCGCGCACAACGCGCACGGAGCCAUCGUGUCCAGGGACAUGAGGACACAGGCAGUGGUGUGGCAAGAUUGGCAAGUGCACGUGACCUCUACUCCCUCCGAGGCGGGAGGGCCAGCACUCCUCACGUGCGUGGCUCCAGCAGCACUGAGGGAACACUCUUCUGUCGCUGCCUGGUACAGAGACGACUCUGUCCUGCCCUCCGCCGAUCAUAUGUCCGGCACCACGCUCCUGGUGGAUGAAGGUUGGCGGCUCAUCAUCAGGUCGGUGCGUGUGGAGGACACCAGGGCACAAUACUCGUGCUCGGUGCUCGACUCCCUGACAGGCGAGCGACGAAGGAGUUCGCCAGUCAACAUUGAUGUCGCUCCUAUGAGCGUAUCAUCAGCUCCACGCGGCAUCUCGCACGGCCAGUGGGAGGCCACAGUGCGGAGAGGAGGAGACGUGGUCCUCCCAUGUCUGGUGCAUGCCAACCCACCCGCCACUAUCACAUGGUACCGUGAGACCGGUGGAGGAGUUCUUCGGGAGAUCCGUGACGGUGAGGGAGGAGGCCGGUACAGCCGCACUCAUGAUGCACUGGGCAUCAGACGAGCGGAGAUAGCUGACGGUGGCCGCUGGGCUUGCAGAGCAGCCAACGCUCAUGGACACCUGACGCUGAGACUCCACGUAGCAGUGCGGGCUCAUCUCACUGCGCAUGCACAGCCACAUACACAGGUCGUAAACAGCGGUGGCACAGCCAUCAUCAACUGCACAUGGGGAGGGUGGCCUGCCCCUCGCUUGGAGUGGCUGCACAAUGGAGUGCCACUCGGAGCUGGGGUUGCUGGGGGCAGAGUCAGGGUGCAGAACAAUGGGGAGCAGCUGAUAAUCUCCUCAGUGCACAGGGCUGACAAGGGAGUGUACCAGUGCAUGGCUAGGAAUGAGAGGGAUUCCGCUCAAGCUAGCGCUGAGCUGAGGUUAGGAGACACGGCCCCAGAACUCCAGUACACAUUUAUAGAACAGGUGCUAAGACCUGGACAGGUUGUGACACUUAAAUGCUCCGCCGCUGGUUCACCUCCACCUCACUUCACCUGGAUGUUGGAUGGCCAGCCGCUGAACACCAUGGCUAGAGGACACAGAUACAGCGUGGAACAGUUCGCGACCAAAACGAAUGAUGUCGUCAGCUACUUGAACAUCUCAGCCGUUCGGUCGGAAGAUGGAGGCCUAUACACUUGCAGAGCAGCCAACUCCCUUGGAGAAGUGUCCCACACAUCCAGACUCAAUAUUUAUGGUCCACCAUACGUGAGAUCCAUAGGUCCAAUCCGAGCAGUAGCUGGACGAGAGCUGGUUCUGUAUUGCCCUUACUCUGGCUAUCCAAUCAGCUCAGUGAAAUGGGAGCGAGAUGGCAGCCCAGUAGAAUGGGACAGCAGUAUCGAUGGUGCCCUCAAAGUAUCUCGAGUCGAGCCCUCAUAUGCAGGAGCUUAUACCUGUGCAGUCAUGGGCCCACACGGAGAGAUAGCCAGACGAGAAUUGCAGCUUGUUGUUAGCAAUCCUCCAGAAAUAGAGCCAUUCUCUUUUUCUGCCAACUUGCAAGAAGGCAAGCGUGCACAAGUCAGCUGCAGCGUGACGUCAGGAGACAUGCCCGUUCACUUCACGUGGCUCAAGGACAACGCACCCAUUCCUUCUAGCUUACAGGUGGAAGAACGGGGUGCUGAUUUUUUCAGCAACCUCGUAUUCAAAGAGGUGUUCGCCCGGCACAGCGGGUUGUACACUUGCGUGGCCUCCAAUACCGCGGCCAAGGUUAACUAUACCGCCGAACUGGUGGUCAAAGUCUCCCCUAAGUGGGUGGUGGAACCUAAGGAUGAGGCAGUGCUGGCUGGUGAACCGUUGGCCUUGCAUUGUCAGACCACGGGCUCACCUGCGCCACAAGUCACGUGGCUGAAGCAGAGAGGGUCAUCAACAGACUAUGUUCCUCUAAUAAACCUGGGCGGCAGGUUUCAGUUCCUAUCAAACGGAACACUCUGGAUAGAGUCAGCUCUCCCCUACGACGAGGGGAACUACAUGUGCAAGUCUGAGAAUGGUGUCGGAUCUGCACUUACCAAAACCAUAUUCGUUUCUGUCAAUGAACCUGCGAGGUUUGAACUGACGUCCCACAACAUGACAGCACGGCGAGACGCGCCUGCGACACUAGUGUGCGACGUGCGCGGAGACAGCCCCAUCAGAGUGACGUGGGCACACAACAUGAACCACUUAGAUCUUAAUACAUAUAGGCUAAGCAUCUCAGAAGCAAAGACUGAUAGUGGUUUAAGAUCCCAGUUAUACAUCAGCCGGGCGGACCGGCAGGACUCCGGAGUGUACAAGUGUCAAGCUGUUAACGCGUACGGUCACAGUGACCAUUACAUUUAUCUUUCCGUCCAAGAAAAACCCGAUACUCCCCACUCUCUAUCUGUAACGGAGAUACUAAGCCGAGCUGUCCGCCUGUCCUGGAGUCAAGGCUUCGACGGCAACUCUCCCCUCGUGGGCUAUACGUUGCAGUACUGCGCGCUAUCAGCUCAGGGAGCUAUCAGGGUCAACCAGUGGGAUGCCGCAGUUACACUUAACGUCUCCGUCCAUGGGAUCGCACACUCGCACGUCACUCUUACCAAGAAAGGUGAUAUACAUUACGAAGCACUGCUGGGCAGCCUCAAGCCGCAUACCGCGUACAUGAUCCGGAUAGCUGCCAUCAACCAAAUCGAUAGGAGUGCGUACACCGACCCAGUUGUGGUGAAGACACAGGAAGAAGCUCCUUCAGAAGCACCAACCAACGUGCACGUGACACCUGGUGGACCAGGGGAGUUACACGUGUCAUGGCGGCCACCUCCGCGGGACGCCUGGCAUGGAGAGCUGCUGGGCUACUCCGUCACCUGUGUGGAGCUCAGUCCUGCUUCACCAGCGCUCAGGAAUUCUACAAGAACGCUAACAGUGAACGGGUGGUCGGCUACUGAGCUGAGUUUAUCUGCACUGCGCAAGUUCACGAGAUAUGAAGUGCGCGUGAGAGCAUUCAAUGGCGUCGCGGCCGGACCUGCGUCUGCGCCAGUGUCUGCUACAACUUUGGAAGGAGUACCAGAAUCACCACCUACAAGAGUGUCCUGCUCAGCUCUAUCGUCUUCCAGUAUGAAAGUGUCAUGGAACCCGCCACCGAUUGGACAACAUGGCGGCCUAAUCCAAGGCUACAAAGUUAUCUACUCUCCACUAACGACAGAUCAUGUGGACGUUGGCGAAAUCAAACGCGUGACAACAACAGACACAUACUUGCACACUCUACGUAAAUAUUCCAAUUAUUCCAUACAAGUUCUCGCCUUCACAAAUGCUGGAGACGGCAAAAGAAGUCUACCGGUCUACUGCAUGACGGAGGAAGAUGUUCCUUCAGCACCUGAGAAGAUCAAAGCACUAGCGUUCUCCAGUGACUCUGUGCUGGUCAGCUGGUUGCCCCCAGUUCAUCCGAAUGGUGUCAUAUCGCAUUACACCGUGUAUUAUAGAGAAGCAGGACGUUUGGGCAAGCACUCAAGUUUCACAGUACCCGCAGAUAAGAAAACCGAUACAGAACUAAUGUUCCAAGUUCGAAACUUAAUGGAAAACCAGUUGUACGAAUUCUGGGUGUCAGCUACCACGGGUUCUGGAGAGGGAGAGUCCACACUUGUGGUUGGACAAGGACCUAGUGCUAGAAUACCGGCGCGCAUCGCGUCGUUCGGUCGCUGGGUGUGGGUGGGCGCGGGCCGCAGCGUGCUGCUGGCUUGCACGUGCGUGGGGGCGCCCGCGCCGCGCUCCCGCUGGGCACACGCGCGCCUGCCCGUCACGCACCACCAGUACUACCAGGUCACGCAUCGAGGACAUCUGCAUAUACGAGAAGUAAAUGAGCAAUCGUCGGGGAACUUCACAUGCACAGCAAGCAACACGAUUGGAGAAGACACGAUAGUGUACGUGGUGGUGGCCAUCAUGCCACCUGCAGCGCCUACGCUCUCCCUACAGUACACCACCACUUCCAGCAUCAAACUGCAUUGGCAGCUACCUGGGGAUACUACAGAACCUAUAUUAGGUUUUCUCCUCCACUACAAGCAAGCCUCAGACAGUGAAUGGCAUACAGUAGACCUGUCUCCUGAAGUCAACUCCUACACAAUGGACAUGCUCAAGUGCGGUUCUACGUACAAUGCAAAGAUACAAGCUCGGAACAGGAUAUCUAUAGGACCACCCAGUGAUAUACUGACUGCCACUACAAGAGGAGGACGUCCCAAACCGCCAAAGCCAGAAGACCAUGUACACAUGAACUCAACAGCAAUAAAGAUAAACUUCUACGCGUGGCGAGAUGGUGGCUGUCCCAUAUUAGGAUUUAGGGUGUCGUACCGGAGAGCUGGAUCAGAACAUUGGAUCAAGGUUGGCGACGGGUUAAGCUCAGCAAGUCAUGUAGUGGCUGAACUUACGCCAGCUACUUGGUACGAGCUGGCAGUGGAAGCGUACAGCGACGCGGGCAUGGAGCGGGUCACCCUCAAUGCAGAUACCCACACUCUUGCAGGAGGUCGAAUCCCCCCAAUGAAGCCCUCAUCCCCGCUAUCGGGCGCGUCCCGGCCUGCGUCGAUGCGCACGGUGCUGGUGUCAUGUGUCGCCAGUGGCGUGGUCAUAGUCGUCACUCUCGCCGCUAUCGUGUGUCUCGUGCAUGGGAAGAAGAAAUUCUUCUGCAUUUCAAGCGAUCAUUACAUGAGAGACGACAGAAAACUAAGUGAAAGCAAUGAAGCGGAAAGAGAAAAGUUAAGAGAAGGACAAAAGUUAUAUUCGUCUUCCUCUAUCAAUGGAAACGAAAAAUCUAAUGACGACUCCUCAGCGGAGUUAUACGAAAUAAGUCCUUACGCGACGUUCGGCGUGUCAGCGGCGCACUCGCUGCAGUUCCGAACGCUCGCGAGGCGCGAAGACGACGCCGCGCCGCCGCACCGACGACGACAUCGCGCCUGCGAUCAUUACAGAUACGAUGAAUCGAGUCUAUCUAAAUGCUCGACAGUGGAGGCACGGCAUCGUAUGCGCGCCGCAUGCGCCAGCGCAGGGGGUGGCGCCCCCUCCAAUAACUGGAGGGAUACACACACGGACUCUGAUGACAAUAGCGAUAGUGCUGCCAAUACUACAACUAAGGGUUCUGGCACGUCACCCUGCAACAGUGCGUACGGCAGUGGCAGGCGAAGCGCCCGCACGACCAGCAGUGGAGGCCCGAACGGCAGCGACGGCCUCUCGGGGAGCUUCGCCCCGGUCCCCGCUGAUAUAUCUUCUUUAAUUGACAAAUAUCAGCAGAGAAAAGAACAAGAACGGCGAGAAUGUACAAUCCAUGUGUAACAUUAGUGUUUUUAAAUAAUUUUCUAAUUGAAAGUCCAUUCACACCUAGUGAAAUUUAAUUACCUACUAUUUAAUGAAGAGGACAUUUUCUAUAUUGAAUUGUGCGAUUGGAAAUACUAUUCAAUUGAAUAACUAAGGAAAAAUUAAUCGACUCGUUUGCCGUCAAUUGUUUGUAAAAAGGGCUUAAUUCAUGUAUGUGAUUAUGUCACAAACUGUGACACCCCAUUAUCUUAAUGUUAAAUUGUUAACUAAAUUAUUUAUGACAAUGUGAUUUUAUUUAACACUGUUAAUCUGUGACAGUUUAGAUUUAUAAAUGGCAUCUAAUGAAUUGUAAAUAUUAGCAGAUGAUAAGUCUAACGAAAAUUAUUACUCGUUUGCUGUGAGAUUUAUUACAAUUUACAAAUAAAUCAUCGUGGAAAAGUAAUUGCUGUCCAUAUAGAAACAAGAUAAGCAUUAAAGAAAAAGUAUAUUAUUAUGAAUGUGCUUAAAAUAAUCUCACAGCAAAAUCUAUGGAAAAUGUCAUAUGCGCAUCUGAGGUUUUUCUAAAUUCUUAAAAAAAAUAUUUACGCAUGGCGUGUAAAAUCAGAUGCACAUAAAAUAUUUUGAAAUUAUAAUAAACUUAAAAUAAAUUUAUGAAAUUAUGUAGACCUUAAGUAAUGUUAAUGGCUGUUCCAAACUGCAAAAGAUACAUAUCAUUAAAAUAGACUGCCAGUAUUUAAGUAAUUCGUAAUUCUUUUUACUAUAUUGUUGAUUAAUAUAGUUGAUAGGUAUUAAUUAUACACUAUUGUAUAAAAAUCUUUCUAUAUACAUGUUGUGUAAUAAUAAAAUUAUUGAUAUUAGUGCGGAAGAAAGAAAUAAAGAUGUGUGUUGUGGUAUGA